GCCGGAGGAGAGCGGCAGCUAAAUUACCUGCCUCCUGAAAACACCUUUUUCUCUAGUUCUCCAAAUGGCUUCUUUUGGAUGGAAGAGAAAGAUUGGUGAGAAAGUGUCAAAAGCUACUUCUCAGCAAUUCGAAGCAGAAGCUGCAGAUGACAAGGAUCUGGCUGAUGAUGAUGAUGCGAACUGGGUGCAUGCAACUAAGAGAAGAAAGGAAAUUCUCUUAGAAGACUGUGUAAAGAAAAGUAAGGAGCUGAAGGAUGAAGGUGCAAAUUUAGCUGAAAAUAGGAGGUACCGAGAGGCUAUUCACAAGUGGGAUGAAGCAAUUCAGUUAACUCCAGAGGAUGCUACACUUUACGAGAUGAAAUCACAGGUCCUAAUGUCUCUGCAUGAAAUGUUCCCAGCUGUGCAUGCAGCAGAAAUGGCUGUCCAGAGAAACCCACGUUCCUGGGAUGCCUGGCAGACUUUGGGACGUGCCCAGCUUGGAUUGGGAGAGAUAGCACUGGCAAUCCGAAGUUUCCAAGUGUCCUUACACAUCUUUCCAAUGAACCCUGAGGUAUGGAAAGAAGACCUCUCCUGGGCAAGAAAACUACUUGAACAGCAGAAGGCAACAAAGACUGAGGCAGUGCAACCACUGGCAAAACAAAAAGAGCUUGCAGAAGAUUCCAUCCCAGACUAUGAUUUUGAAAGCGAUGAAAUUGUGGCAGUCUGUGCUGCCAUUGCAGAGAAGGAGAAAGCUCUUUCAGCAGCCAAAACGGCAGUGAUUGUGUCUGCCUCAGGCACGGUACAGACUGUCACUGAGAAGGAGAACUGUCCUGCAACUCCUGAUGAAACCCUUUUCAUCAGAGCUCGAUAGGGCAGCUGUCUGGGUUGUUAUGCCAUUUUAAGACCUAGAGUUAUUUAUUGUAUGGUGGGUUUUUUUUGUUCUGGUUUGGGUUUUUUGUUGUUGUUUUUUAUUUCUGUUUGUUUGCUUUUAAAGCAAAGGGAGAACCCACCAAAGUUAAAGAACUGAGGUUAUUUUUUGUCUUGCACAUUGAAAAAAGCAAUGUCCCAAGUUGUUCCAUCCAUAUUUUGGAGAGGAAAGCCAAGAGCUGAUUCUAAAAAAUCUUACAAACAAAUGUAGUGUUAAAAUGCUUAGCUGUAGUCAAACAGCAGCUUUCAUCUUUAUGUCUCUCAUAAUUGUACAAGUUGAUGUCUGCAUUUUUUUUCUGAGUAAUUAAGAAGCUUUUAUUUAAACCCUAAAAGAAAAAGAGAUUAAAAAAAAAUCUAUUUCAAUGUCUGUUUAUUAGCAUUAGAUUUCUCAUAUUAGAAGUUCUUCAGGAUGAGGGUAGUGAGACUCUGGCACAGGCUGCCCAAGGAGGCUGUGGCUGCCUCCUGCCUGGGGCUGUUGAAGACCAGGCUGGAUGCAGCCUUGAGCAGCUGAAUCUAGUUGGGGUGUCCCUGCCCAUGGCAGGGAGGUUGGGGUAGAUGAUCUCUAAGGUCUCUUCCAACCUGAGCCAUUCUGUGAUUCUGUGAUAUUUAAAGUGUGAAUUCUGUUAUCAGAAGUAUUUCCUUUCACCAAGGUUACUUUUUCUAUGAGUAAGCUUCCAAUGGAGCAGAGAUGGAUUAUUAUUUUGCUUGUGUGUGAUACAUCUAGCAUCUGCUUUGUAUUCAAAUGAAGUUACUGUAAAAGGAAAUCAUGUUCAUGAAGAAGCAUAGCAAUUUUUACAAUAGAAGUUGUAGAAAAAUUUCUCAGACCAUUCUUUCAUCUGAGUAACUUUUAUUUAAGAGAACACUUAGUCUUUAAAAAAAAAUAAAUCGCUUUCAAAAGAUUAAUUGUCAUAGUGUGCUUGAAGUUUCAAUUCAUUUCUGAAAGAUUCUUCCUGAAGAUAUAGAAUCAUAGAAUCACAGAAUCAACCAGGUUGGAAGAGACCUCCAAGAUCAUCCAGUCCAAUCUAGCACCCAGCCCUAGCCAGUCAACCAGACCAUGGCACUAAGUGCCUCAUCCAGGCUUUUCUUGAAGACCUUCAGGGACGGUGCCUCCACCACCUCCCUGGGCAGCCCAUUCCAAUGCCAAUCACUCUCUCUGUGAAGAACUUCUUCCUAAUAUCCAGCCUAUACCUACUCUGGCACAACUUGAGACUGUGUCCCCUUGUUCUAUUGCUGGUUACCUGGGAGAAGAGGCCACCCCUGAGCCUCCUCUUCUCCAGGCUAAACAAGCCCAGCUCCCUCAGCCUCUCCUCAUAGGAUUUGUGCUCCAGGCCCCUCACCAGCUUUGUUGCCCCUCUCUGAACAUGUUCCAG